AUACAGUCUGAAGAUGACAGCAUCUCUUCAAUACAUAAGAAAACUGCUGGGGAAAAGCAGCUGUGCGACAAGCAACCUGCUGAACACUGGACACAAAACACAGAAGAACACUAAUGAUCAUAAAACAAUCAGGAACAAAGAUAAAAGAAAUGUUGUGCAAUCCCAAGACAAAACGACAGAGCAGUAUAUAAGGAAAAGUGUUGUUUUAAGAAGAAAAGAAAAUGAAACUUUUGGGUUUGACAUCCAGAAAGGCAGUGUUGAGAGAAGCAUCAGUGCUGAGCAGGAUUUGUGCUCAUGUGUGUGUUGGGUGAAGGAGGACAGUCUUGCAGAGAGUAGUGGGUUAUUGACCGGUGAUGUUAUUAUAACAGUCAACAGUGUGUGCAUUGCUGGAUCCACUCUUCAGCAGAUCAACGAGCUGGUUCAAAAAUCCUCCAUCUUAAUGUUGGAGGUUAUCAGAGGUGCUACAGAAAAGCAGAGGCAAUUGCUUCGGAAGCUUUAUCUCCUGCAGCAACAGUUUACAGAGAAAUGCGAAGAGCUUCAGACACUCAUCACAGAGGAAGUGCGUCUGACAAGAGGUGCCAUUGAAAACAUCCAGAAGCCUUAUACUCUUCCUACAGGAUCUUCUGCUUCCACUUUCAGUCCAAUCAAACAGACUGAAUCAUGAAUCAUGAAUCACUGAACAUCAUGUUUUGAAUUAGUCUAAAUAUUGAUGUACAAUAUAAGAUUUAACUAUUUAUUUCAAUCAUACUGCAUUUUGUGUUAUCCGUACUGUAUUUGUGUAUUUUGCACUAUUAAGCAGUCAUUUUUAUUGUC